GUGGAUUAGAGUUUCUCACACAGAACCCUUCAGCAAAGCAGCUCAGCUCCAGCUCAGAUGGAAUACUCCAGAAAAACCAGGAUGUUGAGAGUUCUCCUCUGUAUGCUGCUGGCACAUCUUCUGAGGAUUCCUAUCUCAUCAAUGAGUCUGAAACAGCCCAACAUCUCUCUCAUCUCAGAAGAAGAGGGGGGUGCAUCGUGUCUCCCAAACCCACAGAGGUCAGAGGGCACAGUACGACCCCAGACCCUAGAGGUCACCAAAGGUCACAAUUUCUCCAUCGUCUGCUCCUCUGAGCCUCAGGGGUACACAGGAGGCUCCUUCCGGCUCCUCCUCAGCGGGUCAAACCAAACCUGGAGAGAACCAGCACAGGACCACUCGGCACAGCACCACUUGGCCUGCUUCCUCUUCCAUGAGGCCAACGACUUCCACCAGGGCAACUACAGCUGUGUGUUUGAGGUGACUGUAGGCUCUCGCCACUUCAACUCCACUCCGUCUGAACUGCUCACUGUCACUGUUAAAGUGUCCUGGCUCCUCUACCUCCUGGCUGCAGGGGGGCUGGUCCUCCUCCUCCUCCUGCUCCUCAGCAUCUUUCUAGUGUGGAGAUGUUGCCUUGGCAACAGGCGCAAGAAAGCAUCUCUCAGUGAGGCUAGAUACGCCGGUAACCCAGAGGGUGGGGUGACCUACUGGAGGAAUGAGCCGGUCGAGGAUGACGAGAGAGACUACGAGUCAGCGGAUGAUGAAGAUGAUGAAGAUAAAGAAGACUACGUCAACACUGAGACUCUGGGUGUCAAGGCAGAGAGUUUACAGGAGGAGGAAGACUACGUCAACACUGAGACUCUUGGGAGCAGAGAGCAGAGUUUGGCUGAAGAGGGAGACUACGUCAACACAGAGACUCUUGGGAGCAGAGAGCAGAGUUUGGCUGAAGAGGGAGACUACGUCAACACAGAGACUCUGGGUGGUGGAGUGGAAGAUUAUGAGCGCAUGGAUAAUUACACAGAACACAGUGACGGGGAGGACUAUGAACACAUGGCGCAUCACAGUGGACACAGUGACGGGGAGGACUAUGUGAAUGUGGAUCCGCUCAGUGCAGGGAUCAACAUAUAAAGGCCUACGCACACGGCUGGUGACGCGACAAGGGUGACCACGUGGCCAGUCGUGUGUAGUAAAGCGACACGCCGGCUGUGUGUGGUGGGCUUUAGAAUGUCUGCUGACUCUCUCAGACGUUUAUGUUUAUAUUUCAUGUCAGCAGUUCUCAUUUAUUUAGGUCUAAUUGUAUGCAUCAGUACAGGUUCCAUAAGACACACUGUAUAUAUUGCAUUUCCUAUAUUGUAUAUACUGUGUAAUUUCAGACGGUGAAACCAGCACUGUGAAUGAAAUAGGAAUACAUGAUUAAUAUUAGGACCACCAA